CCCCAUAUGGAUGUGUGUAAACCCAACCCCAACCGUACGGCCCCAGUGAGUGAGGCUGGGCCCCGGCGGGACCUUCCUCUGUGCUCCAGGACCAACGGGUGGAGCUGGCCUCCACACCCCUUCCAGUUCCUGGCAUGGCUCCUCUACCUCUUCUUUGCUGUCACCGGGUUUGGAGUGUUUGUCCCCUUGCUUCCCUCCCACUGGAUCCCUGCUGGCUACAUCUGCACGGGCAUCAUGUUUGUGUGUCACCUGUUUGUCCACCUGAUGGCGGUUUCCGUCGACCCCGCGGACUACAACGUCAGGGCCAAGAGCUACCACGGACCCGUGCCCGUGUUCGACCGCACCAAACAUGCCCACGUCAUCGAGAACUGCCACUGCUACCUCUGUGAAAUAGACGUGGGGCCCAAAUCCAAACACUGCAGUGCCUGUAACAAGUGUGUUGCUAGUUUUGACCAUCACUGCAGGUGGCUCAACAACUGUGUGGGGAGCAGGAAUUACUGGCUCUUCCUGAACAGUGUGAUCUCUGCUCUGCUGGGUAUAUGCCUGGUGGUGGUCAUCGCCAGUUACAUCUUCAUCGAGUUCUUCUUGGACCCCUCAAAGCUGCGCACUGAUAAACACUUCCAAGUGAAGAAUGAGACGGUGGUGUGGUUUGUUUUCCUGCCCGUGGCUCCGGUCUCCACAGCGGGCCCAGCCAUCCCUGCCCUGGCUGGCAUCACCAUCGCCCUGGGCCUGCUCUCUGCUCUGCUGCUGGGACAUCUGCUCUGCUUCCACUUCUACCUCAUGUGGAACCGUCUGAAUACGUAUGAGUACAUCGUCAGACAGAGGCAUCGCCAGGAGCCCAGAGACAUCAGUAAAGGACUACAGGGGAACCAGGCGGCGCCUCCGAAAACCAACCUCAUGAAGGAUGUGAGCUACUCAGGGACGCUGGGCUAUACCAACCCUGAGAUGGAGGUGGAGGAUCCUACCACCAUGGCUGCAGCGCGGGGGGGUCUAGAGUACCAUGGCAACGGCAGAGUGCAUAGUUCAUCCAGCAGAAUGGCUGAAGAGGAGCAGUUACCCAGUGUCUCUCCUGAGCACAGAGCUGCACCACGGAAACACAUCCAGAAGAAGAAGAAGAAGAAAGUCCACAAAGUACCGGCAGAGGUGAUCAACGACCGAUCCACUGAGACCAGCAGAGACCAGAACCACAGAGACCCAGCCUUCAACACUACAGAACCUGUGGACUCCUGCGGUGUAACUCCAGUCCCCACGUCCGUGUCCCACCUGACCAGCUCCCUGAGCCAGCACCUCUCCUUCCCCCUGCGGGCCUCCCAGCCUCCCCCUAGCUCCCUACAGCCUGGUCUCCAACCCGUCCCCGUGCUGCCCGCCGGGCCCCCUGCUGAGUAUCACUCUGACUCUGCAGAGUCCCUGGAGGAGAUCCCCGUGGCGCUGGCACGACUGGGCACCUCCGCCAUGGCAGGAACGUCUACGGGUAGGACCGCUGCUGCUGGAUCGUCUUCUCAACGCUCUCUACUGCUGCCUACAGCCCGAACCCAUCCCUCGCCCCAGCCCCGGACCAAGAGGAAGGCCUUCACACACAGCAGCAGGACAGGGGGAGCGGGGGAGCAGAGGUUUGAGAUGGCCUCCCAGCCUCCUACGGUCUACGUUAGUAGGAGUAGUGGACAGCCGGGGGGAGGAGUCCAGCACCGGGACAACAAACCCAGCAGCAGGCAGGCCAGUAGGAGAGGCCUGGAGCAGCCUGGUCCUGGGCCCAGCUCCAACCAUAGCUCCAGGGCAGGCACCCCGAUGGCGUAGACUAGCUCCCCCAGGAGGGACCACUGCACCCUGGGCCCCAGGAUGGACCACUGCAUCCUGGGCUGGACCCACCACUGGGUCCUGGCUGCAGGGCUGGCUGGCUGGCUGGCUGCGUAACUGGUUGGCUGGCUAAUUGUCUGACUGACUAACUGGCUGGCUGGCUGGCUGGCACAUUGUUACCUUGACGACUAGGAUACACUGCUUUUGAGAGAGAGACAAUCCCUGAUGUAUCAUUGAGUGUUGAUACAACCUAUGCAACUAGAUAACUCAGCAGAACAGAAUGGACUGACUGUCUGACUGACUGUCUGACUGACUGUCUGAUUGACUGUCUGUCUGUCUGUCUGACUGACUGACUGACUGACUGACUGUCUGACUGUCUGUCUGUCUGACUGUCUGACUGACUGUCUGACUGACUGACUGUCUGUCUGACUGACUGUCUGACUGACUGUCUGACUGACUGACUGACUGACUGUCUGACUGACUGACUGACUGUCUGAUUGACUGUCUGACUGACUGACUGUCUGAUUGACUGUCUGACUGACUGACUGUCUGACUGACUGUCUGACUGACUGACUGUUCUGCCUGGCUGACUGACUGUCUGACUGACUGUCUGUUCUGCCUGGCUGACUGACUGUCUGACUGACUGUCUGUUCUGUUCUGCCUGGAAGAGUCUUGAUACCACAGUCUCCACUAUUCAACUAUGACUACAUCCCCAAUGGCAUCCUGUUCCCUAUAUAGUGCACUACUUUAGACCAGGGCCCAAUGGCAUCCUGUUCCCUAUAUAGUGCACUACUUUAGUUCAGGGCCCAAUGGCAUCCUGUUCCCUAUAUAGUGCACUACUUUAGACCAGAGCCCUAUGGCACCCUAUUCCCUAUGUAGUGCACUACUUUAGACCAGAGCCCUAUGGCACCCUAUUCCCUAUAUAGUGCACUACUUUAGACCAGGGCCCAAUGGCAUCCUGUUCCCUAUAUAGUGCACUACUUUAGACCAGGGCCCAAUGGCAUCCUGUUCCCUAUAUAGUGCACUACUUUAGACCAGAGCCCUAUGGCACCCUAUUCCUUAUAUAGUGCACUACUUUAGACCAGAGCCCUAUGGCACCCUAUUCCUUAUAUAGUGCACUACUUUAGACCAGAGCCCUUAGAGUCUGGAACACGUCCUAUAUGAUUCUAACCCCACCAUAGUAAAUGUGUUCUUCUGGUUAGUAAUCACAUAUUCUUUAUCCUCAUGGAAAACACACAGCGUUUACUGGUAUUAGACUUGUUGUUUAUUCCUGAAGUCUUUCUGGAUGAAGAAGCCUUGGUGACUUGUACUGGGAGGAUGAAGAAGCCUUGGUGACUUGUACUGGGAGGAUGAAGAAGCCUUGGUGACUUGUACUGGGAGGAUGAAGAAGCCUUGGUGACUUGUACUGGGAGGAUGAAGAAGCCUUGGUGACUUGGGAGGAAGUUACCUUUAUGCCUUCACACGUCUACACUUUGUAAACAAAUGUUACCCGUUAAUCUUUUUCAGAACUUUUACAUGGAAACACCAUUUAUCAUGUUGCUUUCUACCUGUCUUUUAGUUUGUUUAUUGUUUACUCAUCUGUCUGCUAUGGUGACUGUCUGUCUGCUAUGUUGACUGCUAUGGUGACUGUCUGUCUGCUAUGGUGACUGUCUGUCUGACUGCUAUGGUGACUGUCUGUCUGACUGCUAUGGUGACUGUCUGUCUGACUGCUAUGGUGACUGUCUGUCUGACUGCUAUGGUGACUGUCUGUCUGUCUGCUAUGGUGACUGUCUGUCUGCUAUGGUGACUGUCUGUCUGCUAUGGUGACUGUCUGUCUGACUGCUAUGGUGACUGUCUGUCUGACUGCUAUGGUGACUGUCUGUCUGACUGCUAUGGUGACUGUCUGUCUGACUGCUAUGGUGACUGUCUGUCUGACUGCUAUGGUGACUGUCUGACUGACUGCUAUGGUGACUGUCUGUCUGCUAUGGUGACUGUCUGACUGACUGCUAUGGUGACUGUCUGUCUGCUAUGGUGACUGUCUGUCUGACUGCUAUGUUGACUGCUAUGGUGACUGUCUGUCUGCUAUGGUGACUGUCUGUCUGACUGCUAUGGUGACUGUCUGUCUGCUAUGGUGACUGUCUGUCUGACUGCUAUGGUGACUGUCUGACUGACUGCUAUGGUGACUGUCUGUCUGCUAUGGUGACUGUCUGUCUGACUGCUAUGGUGACUGUCUGUCUGCUAUGGUGACUGCUAUGGUGACUGUCUGUCUGCUAUGGUGACUGUCUGUCUGCUAUGGUGACUGUCUGACUGACUGCUAUGGUGACUGUCUGUCUGCUAUGGUGACUGUCUGUCUGACUGCUAUGGUGACUGUCUGACUGCUAUGGUGACUGUCUGACUGACUGCUAUGGUGACUGUCUGUCUGCUAUGGUGACUGUCUGUCUGCUAUGGUGACUGUCUGUCUGCUAUGGUGACUGUCUGACUGACUGCUAUGGUGACUGUCUGUCUGCUAUGGUGACUGUCUGUCUGACUGCUAUGGUGACUGUCUGACUGCUAUGGUGACUGUCUGAUUACCUGUCUGUCUGUCUGCUAUGGUGACUGUCUGACUGCCUGUCUGUCUGACUGCUAUGGUGACUGUCUGUCUGCCUGUCUGUCUGACUGCUAUGGUGACCGCCUGUCUGCCUGUCUGUCUGUCUGUCUGUUAGUGCUGAGCAUUAACUGAGAUCACAGUAAUUUUUUAAGUUUUUAAAUAACUAAUUGAUGACAUCGGUUCAAUUAUUUGAAUUCCAUUUAUACUGAACAAAAAUAUAAACGCGACAUGUAAAGUGUUAUAAAAUAAAAGAUCCCAGAAAUGUUGC